AUGGCGGAUGGCCCCAGGUGUAAGCGCAGAAAGCAGGCGAACCCGAAGCGGAACAGCGUGCCAAACGUGAACGGCGGGUUGGAGGCCAGCUCAGACUCGGACGAUGAGGACAAGCUGCACAUCGUGGAGGAGGAGGGUCCUGAGGCCGGCGCCAAAAAACCCCAGAAGAAAGUGGCCGUGAAGCAGGAGCCCGAGCCCACAGCGCUCAGCAACGGGGUGAAAGUGAAAGAAGAAGAAGAGGAGGAGGAAGAAGAGGAUGACGAGGAAGAUGAAGAGGACAAAGAGUCAGCUCUCCUGCAGCAGGGAGACACAGCCGUUAUUUACCCACAAGCCCCUGAUGAGAGGGGAGCGGAGACUGGGGCAGAUGAGAACGGCACUCCGGACGCGCUGCCUCUGCACAUCUGCCCGUACUGCUCCCGCGGCUACAAGCGCAACGCCUCGCUCAAAGAACACAUCAAGUACCGGCAUGAGACCAGCGAUGACAACUACAACUGUAACCACUGCAGCUACACCUUCACCUACCGCUCACAGCUGGAGCGCCACAUGAGCCACCACCGCGGAGCCAAGCUGGAGGGCCGGGGCCAGACCAAGCGGUACGGCUCGGGCUCCGGUGGGACACGGAAAUUCAAAUGUAAUGAAUGCUCCAAGGCCUUCAAGUACAAGCACCAUCUGAAGGAACAUCUGCGCAUCCACAGCGGUGAGAAACCGUACGAAUGCUCCAACUGCCACAAGCGCUUCUCGCACUCGGGCUCGUACAGCUCCCACAUCAGCAGUAAGAAGUGUGCAGCCGCCCACUUCCCCAAUGGCCUGCACUUGCCGCCGCUGAAGCCGCACCAAAUCGCUGCCAACAAAUCCCGCCUCGCCAUCGCUCCGGCCCGAGCCAUGGACAGUAAACCUCUGCAGGAGCACAUCCCCGUCACGCAGAUCAAGAGCGAACCCCUGGAGCAAGACAUCAAACCAGUACUGGUCCCUUCGGCCAAUGGCGUCAAUAGAUCGGUCGUAGGGCCCGGAGGUGUGGCAAUGGUAGUUCCCACUGUCGGGCUUGUGUCUCCCAUCGGCAUCAACUUAAACGACUUGCAGAACGUUCUAGGGAAAGUUUUGGCGAAUGGGACGCCGGGAAAGCAAGGGUUUGUCGUGCAGCAGCCCCAGCAGCAGAUCAUCAGCCUGCCAGCCUUCGUGGACCAUGACGGCACCACCAAGAUCAUUAUCAAUUACAGCAUUAGCCCCACCGCCGCCACCACUGCCAACUCACAGCCGGCUUCUUUUAUGGUGAAAAACAGCCCACCCGCCGCAGCCGCCGUUCCCAUAUUUGCGGCCGCUCCGAUUCCGAGCAAAACCGAGCAAGCUUGUGCGUUGGUGGCGACGACGGACGGGUCAGAACUCCCGACCGAUUUGAGCAUUUCGAAACGCAUUAAGGAAGAGCCGAUGUUUGAGCCGGUCACUGAUAUUUCGGACAAUUUGGGGAUUAUCAUUAGCAAAACUGAAUCUGUCGCAGCAAUGCCAAGCGCCACAGACUGCUUGCUUUGCGAAGAGUGUCCCGAGCAUUUGGAGGCCGUCCAUUUGCUGCAGCAUCGCAAAGCUGCUAAUUGCGAAGCGGUGGACAGCGCUGCCUUGGAUCCUUCGUUUGCAGAUUUGCUGAGCGAGGCUGGCGUCAUAUUGGACGAACCCAGCGCGGACGACGAUGUUUUGUCCGUCCUCAAAGCGGCGUUCGCUUCCAACCCGCGCCCAAGCAACGUGGAUCUGGAAAAGGUUGCAGCAAAGGUCCGAAUUUCCUCAGAAGUGGUGCGAAAGUGGUUUGCGAAAAUGAACAAGGGUCGAAAGAGGCUGGUGAAAAUCAUCAAAGUGGUGUCCAGGAAUUCAGAGCAGGCACAGGAUCUUUCUCUUAAGUCAAAGAUGCAAGGGAUUGAGGUCGAAUUUCCAGAAGAGGAAGAAUGUGUAAAGCCUCAAGAUGGUUCGAGCACUCAAGAAACGGCCAACCAAAAUGGCGAUGAAGCAAAUGGUGACGAGCCAAUGGAAGUGAGUGAAGACAAUGAAGUGGCGAAAGAUUGUGACGUUCCAACAGACAAAACGUGCAAUAAUUCAAAACCGCAAUGCACUUCUUCUAGCCCCAAAAAAGACUCAAAAGUUACCAUCAAAACUGAACCAGAAGAUCGAAGCAUCGCUGAAACCACUCCACCCAUACCACUGGAUUUAUCACUACCCAGGCCUCUCACUCCAGCAGAACCAGCAGUAACCGCACCAGAACAGGUGGCGAAGUCGCCGCAAGAGACCAUCAAAGCUCCUCACACGGUCCAAGUCCUCAACAACUUGCCCAAACUGGAGACGACGCCGUUGAAUUUGGCUUGCAUCAACAAAGACCAGCUGGAGCCGCGGGCGCUGUACGUGACCACGCCUCAGAGCGGGAAUUCCAACUUUGUGACCGCCACGCAGAUCCCCACGCUGGUGGCCAUCGCGGGGCAGGGGACGGUGGGGUGUCUGAGCGCCAUCAACCCAGCCACCAAGCAACGCACCAUCCUGAUACCGCAGCUGACCUACACCUAUGGAAACGCCAACAAUGCCAGCGCGGCCAAGACGGUCGUGCUCAACGGACAUAAAGCCAUCAAGGUGGAGAAGGAGGCGGCGCCGCCGACCGCAGGAGCAGACACUGACUUAGAGUCCAAGAAGAAGAAGUUUGACUCCGGAGUGUUCCCGUGCGACUUGUGCAACAAGGUGUUCCAGAAGGCCAGCUCCCUGCUGCGCCACAAGUACGAGCACACCGGGAAGCGGCCGCACGAAUGCGUGGUGUGUAAGAAAGCGUUCAAACACAAGCACCACCUGAUCGAGCACGCGCGCCUGCACACUGGCAUCAAGCCCUACGAGUGCGACAAGUGCGGCAAGAAGUUCUCCCACUCCGGCUCCUACUCGCAGCACAUGAACCACCGCUACUCCUACUGCAAGCGGAACGCCUUCAGCUCCAGCUCCUCCUGCGCGUCCGCCUCCUCCACCGCCUCCUCGCCGCCCUUCGAGCCACGCGACCACAUGUACAGCGCGUACUACCCGCCCAACGCCUUCGACGAGCCGCGCUCCAACGGCCUGGCCCACAGCGAGGAGGACGACGAUGAAGAGGACGAGGACGAGGAGUACGAGGACAUGGCCAUGUGCGUGGAUGACAUCCGCGUGGUGCAGGUGGACGAGGACAACCGGAGGAUCCAGGAGGAGAGCGAAGAGGAGAUGCAGGUCAAUCUGUGGGCGGAGUCGGACGAGGAGGAUUCAGAGAACAGCAGCGAGGACGCCAAAUAA